CCUAUCUUCUAUAUAUGUCACUAUGUACAUGCAAAUAUUUGAAAAUAUGAAAAUGUCUGAUUUCUGAUAUGUCCCCAGCAUUUUGGAAUCUGUACCAUUCUGAGCUGUCAUCAAAGUGCCAAUUAUUGCAUUAGGAGUCGUCCCUGGGAUCAUCUAACUGUGGAUGUUUGGUCAUGCUGAUUCCUCUUCCUACAGAGCUUGUCAACAUUCCUCCAUCCUAGCAGACUGUCAAAGCCCAUCUCUGGGUAGCCUUCCCUGAUCUCCUCCACCUGCACCACUGGCUCAUGGCAGAGACCAAUCUCACCUUAGUGACCGAAUUCCUCCUGAUCGCAUUCACUGAAUAUCCUGAACGGGCAUUCCCUCUUUUCCUCUUGUUUUUGUGCAUCUAUCUCAUCACUCUGUCGGGGAACUUGGGGAUGAUCAUUCUCAUCCGCAUGGACCGCCGACUCCACACCCCGAUGUACUUCCUUCUGCGUCACCUCUCUUUCAUGGACAUCUGUUACUCGUCUGUCACCGUUCCCCAGACAAUGGCCGUGCUGUUGGAGCAUGGGGCAGCCUUAUCCCACACACGCUGUGCUGCUCAGUUCUUCCUCUUCACCUUCUUUGGUUCCAUUGACUGCUACCUCCUGGCCAUCAUGGCCCACGACCGCUAUGUGGCUGUGUGCCAACCCCUGCUCUAUGUCACCAUCAUGACGCAGAAGGCCCAGCUGGGUUUUGUGUCCGGGGCUUACGUGGCUGGUCUCUUCAGCGCCUUGGUGCGGACCGUCUCAGCCUUCUCUCUCUCCUUCUGCGGGAAUGGUGAGAUCGACUUCAUUUUCUGUGACCUCCCUCCUCUGUUGAAGCUGACCUGUGGGGACAGCUACACCCAGGAAGUGGUCAUUAUCCUGUUCGCCAUUUUUGUCCUCCCUGCUUGCAUGGUGGUCAUCUUGGUGUCCUACCUGUUCAUCAUCGUGGCCAUCGUGAGGAUCCCUUCAGCUGGAGGCCGGGCCAAGACCUUCUCUACCUGUGCCUCCCACCUCACUGCAGUGUCCCUCUUCUUUGGCACUCUCAUCUUUAUGUACCUGAGGGAUAACUCUGGCCAGUCCUCGGAAAAAGAUAGGGUGGUGUCUGUGUUCUACACGACCGUGAUUCCCAUGUUGAACCCUCUCAUCUACAGCCUGAGGAACAAGGAAGUGAAGGAGGCACUCAGGAAUAUUCUCAGCAGAAUCCAGCUGUCCUAACCUUGGAGAAGUCUUAGGGUCACCCACUCUGUAGGGCCAGCAUUCUGGGCCAUACCUGUUAUAACAGGUAGAAUGGUCGAGUGAGGCCCUCAUGGUACAAAGCAUAAAGAGAACCAGGACUUUCAGCACCAGGGAGAGGAAGGAAGAGAAGGAAAAGUUGGGCUGAGAAAAGAGUGGAACAAGAGCUAUGACUCCCAGGACAAGCGGCAACAGAAUCUGAAAUUAAAUCCUGGGUCAUCCAGAUACGGCACACCUCAUUGCUCUGUGAUUGUAGAACAAGAUUAUAUUUACUUUGCAAAAUUUUCUAUGGAAGAUUUCCACCGUAUAGAAAAGUUAAAAGUAAUCUAUAGUAAGCUCCUAACACUCAGUACUUGGAUUCUGUCAUUGCUAAUAUUUGGCUAUAUUUACUGCAUCCCGUAUGGAUAAUCCAUCCAUUAAUUCAUCUAUCCAUCAAUUCAUCCAUCAACCAGCCUUGUUGUUUGAAUAAUUUCAAGGUGAGUUGCAGAUAUUGGCAUUGUCCUUCAUCCUUAUGCACCGCAGAGUCAAUGCUACCAAUUAGGAUUCGAUAUUUAGAUUUUAUUCAUUUUUAAUGACUGAGUUGAGGUAGUUUGGUGGCCCAGUUACUAAAGCUGACCCUGCUGAAUGAAUCCUUCAGAUCCUGGAUGUGGUUCCCAGGGAUGCUUCACACGAAUCUCUAGAUGACAGCCACCCGUGAUAACAUGCCUGUCAAUUGCUCUCAGCACUGGAAACACACCCUAUUAUUUCUUCUAUCCCACCUGUCCCAGCUCCCUAGUCAUGUUGCAGACCUGAGAAGCCACUUGGUGAAUUUUUACUAUUCCCAUUGCCCAUAAUGGUAUCACAUGCAUGGGCUCUGUGCUGUCAGAGCUUCGGUCCCUGGAGGGGUGGUGGGGAGGCAUCCCAGCCUGUCCUACUUUUCUGUAUGCUGCACCACCUCAGGCUGCACCCAAAGCCUCCUAAAGGGUAUUGGUUCUUGAUCUUCACUUCUCCAACCACAGGUAUCUUGUCUCAGUCAGUUUCCAGUUGCACUGGAAAGCAACAGUCCCAUCUACUCAUUUUCUUUGAUUGUUCAUUUCCAAAACUCAAACUCCUUCUCUCCCUGCUACCUGGAAUACCAAAUAAACAAGAUCCUGGUUGAACAAACCAUGUGCAGAAUUCUGGGAGGUGGAGGAUGACGGUAUCUAAGAAACAGAUGAUUCAAAACUCAGCUCCACAGAAUAGUAACAGGAUUUCAAAGUGGAAGAAGCAGAUUUUAUGAAAGGUGGAAGAUUCAGAGAACACAGC